UUUAAACCAGUCUCCUGUCUGGAAGAAUGUUCCUGCUGCUUUUGUUGCUAUAUUUUCUUUAUCUUUAUCUUUAUCUUUAGCUUUUUUUUUUCUUUUUUUUUUAGAGACUUAUUGUGCACAACCCAUAUAUGUUGGCAAAAAGGUACAUAUAAUUGUUAUGUAAAAAUACAGUUUUUUAAAUGUUUUUUUAGUCUGUGUCUUCAGUUCUAGCAGCUUAAUAUAUAUAUUUUUGAAAUAAAACACAUAAUAAACACAUGAAUCUGCUGAUAUUCAUUUUUCCUCUUCAUACUACUACAUGUGCAGGGGUCUGGUGCGUGUCCUGUAAGUGUGAACACACAUUCUGCAGAACAGAAUAUGGGCUUUUGGUUUGUGGUCAGAUGGUAGAUUAAACAACACGCUACAUCCUGCUACACAAACGCUACCUGCCAACACACAGAUGAUGAUGUUUUCAGUCCCCACACAGUCUGUCAGCUGUCCUCAGUAACAACAGACUGAGGGUUCAUGAGCAAGACAGGAACAUGCAGUGGACUGUCCAGGUCGGUGUGGCUCUCCUGAACGUUGUAUGGGUCGCCUUCUUUUUACAACCAGAUCCACUGUUAGUGUUUGUGCAGAGAAGAAGCACUGACACUUAUGAGGAGUUUUGUAUUAAGCCUCCACCUGAUAUGAACUGGAUAUCGACCGUACAGCCAGACAACAUCAGGACAGCAUCUGAGGAGCCUGUGCAGAGAACAAGCACUGACAGUUCUGAGGAGGUUUUUCUUCAGACUACAUCUGAAAUGAAGCAGACAUGGAUUGUACAGCCAGACAACAUCAACGCAGCAUCUGAGGAAUAUGAGCCUGGAAACCUGCAUGAACCUGGAAUAAGACGCAAGUUUGAGACAAAUCCAGUCGGGCCCCCUCAUCAAUGGAGACCUGCAUCCCUCUUUGUAGACGGCUGCUGCUUUGGGUUCGCACCGAGAAGAGUGCCUAAACGCUUCAUCAGCUCAUACUAUGUGACUGGUCCUUGGUGCCCAAUGCACGGAGUCAUCCUGGUGAUACAAGAAAGAGUUCACAUCUGUGUGGAUCCCAGCCUCCCCUGGGUUUACAGAGUCAUGGAAAGUUUGGAUCAAAAGUACUUUUAAACCAAAAAAAAAAAAAAAACAACAAAAAAAACAUUUUUCCUCUUCACACUAUUCAGAGCUAAAUAAAACCAUCUGUGUUUAUCCAAAGGCCCAGUUUCCUCAGUGAGCUAUGAGGGCUCGUAAUAGAUUCAUUCACAUUUAAAUCCCUUAGUUACAUCUGUCCUCCUUCCUAGUUACUCCCCAUAACUGCUACACUGAUGAUACUCACUGCUUCUUUUCAGGUUGUUUGUUAUGAUUUAAAGGCUUUAGCCUCAUUUUAUGUAUAUGUUGCAUUUUUAUUGUUCUUUUUUUCAUAUUUUUGUCUGAUAUAUUAUUUGUAUUCUUGUCAGUGUGUUUUUAGUGUUGCUACACAUUAACAUUUUUAAAUGCAUUA